AUGGCACCACGAAAUUCACACUAUUGGAAAAGAGGUGCGCCGGCAAAGUCAAUCAAGGCUUUGAACUCCUCAGUUUCAGACAGUCUGCCUAAAUCAAACGCAGCCAUCAGCACGUGCAUCGCUACUUUCACAAGGAAUUUACUCUGCUACAAUCCUGUUACAAAGUCUUAUCCUUUGAAGCCGACUUCUCAAGAGCUUGACCAGCUACAGAUUGUUGAUCAACAGAAAAUAUUUGACGAUCAGGGUGUAUUCAUGGCCGACAUGAUUGAGACCGGCAGUGUAAAUUUAGAUCGUUCUAUAGCUGUAUUUGCGGCCGAUUUGAAGACUUAUGGUAUUUAUCGACCGACCUUUGAUUGGACUGCACCGGAUCAUAGCCAGUGGAAUCGGACUAUGGCCACAUUCAUUUCAAAACAUUGGUUAUAUUCAUAUAAGCAGGGUUUAUUCAACCCCAAACCUGUCAACCCAACACACUGCACCCAAGCCAACUGUAUGGGUCUGAUACUUCGUUGGGUGCGAGGUCGUACCGAGGAGAUUCGAACAGGUGGUCGCUCUCACAAGAAAGUUUUAAACAAGGAGAAGGCGCGUAAGAAGAGAAUGAUGAUUCGGUAUCCCAUCCACCAGCUCUUUCAGUAUCGACGCGAGUCCCUUUGUCGUUUGCUUGGAACCGACGAUUCUGAUGAUUGCAAACUAAUGCCUGACCCAGACUGCUGCUCUGAAACGGACUGGCAACCAGAAGACAUUCAAUACAAGUCGAUUGGGUUGAAAUGGCGAAGCAGGCAGUACACUCACAUUCUACAUCAGCUCGACCGCCUCUCCUUCAAAUACAAGGAGUCUGUCUCUAGUACACUUCUAGCGCGGCGAAGGUUUGACCAAUGUCGGGUCGAAGCAUCUGAAGUCAACCAGCAAGCACCAGUUUGCUGUGGGCUUCCAGAAAACUGCUACGAACAAGUGUUUCUUGCAAAUCUCACACCUGAAGCAAGGGCGGCGUUAAGAAUCAAGCCAGCUUCAAAUCUUCUCAACGAAUUGCCUUCACAGAUAAUAAUAUCACUCCAAUAA